AUGUCUACAUUCGGCUCCCACUUCCGAGUUACCACCUACGGCGAAUCGCACUGCGCCUCGGUAGGCUGCAUCGUCGACGGCGUGCCUCCUGGAAUGGCUCUCACCCCCCAGGACAUCCAAACGCAGCUCUCACGUCGUCGCCCCGGUCAAUCCAACCUCACCACCCCACGCGACGAAAAGGAUCGUGUCGAGAUCCAGUCCGGUGUCGAGCGUGGCGUCACCCUCGGCACCCCGAUCGCCAUGCUCGUGCGCAACCAGGACCAGCGACCCAACGACUACACCGACGACACGCUCGAUGCCUACCCCCGCCCCUCGCACGCCGACUUCACCUACCUCGAGAAAUACAACGUUAAAGCCAGCUCCGGCGGUGGACGUAGUUCAGCACGUGAAACCAUCGGUCGUGUAGCCGCUGGUGCACUCGCCGAGAAGUACCUCAAGGAAGCGUACGGUGUCGAGAUCGUCGCGUUCGUCUCGAGUGUCGGCAAAGUGCACAUCCCUCGCUACCCGGGCGAAGAGCUCGCCAAAGACGUCGUCAACGGCGCUCCCGUCGCUGCCGAGACCAAGGACGGCAUCCAGGUCGAGGGCAAAUCGUUCUACGGUGAAUCGGCUACUGAUGGACCCCCGCAGACGAAGGUGGACAACCUCAUCAACACCGACGGCUUGACGGAAGAGGAGGCGGAAGAACCGCUCUCGAAAGAGUUCCGUCAGCUGCUUUCCACUAUCACGCGCGCUCAAGUCGACGAGAACGCCAUCCGAUGCCCACAUGAGCUCGCAGCAGAGCGCAUGAGACAACGCAUCUUGCUCGCCAAAGCCAACCACGACUCCAUCGGCGGUACGGUCACGUGCGUCAUCCGCGGCGUCCCCUCCGGUCUCGGCGAACCGUGCUUCGACAAGCUCGAGGCCAAGCUCGCCCACGCCAUGCUCAGUAUCCCCGCCACCAAAGGCUUCGAGAUCGGCUCCGGCUUCAGAGGCACCGAAGUCGCCGGCUCGAGACACAACGACAAAUUCAUCCUCAAACCCGACGGUCGCCUCGGAACCGUCACCAACUGGUCCGGCGGCAUCCAGGGCGGUAUCUCCAACGGAGAGGACAUCUACUUCAGGGUGGGCUUCAAGAGCCCUGCAACCAUCAGCCAGAACCAGAGCACCGCGACGUACGACGGUACAGAUGGUACGCUCAACACCAGGGGUCGACACGAUCCGUGUGUUGUGCCGCGUGCGGUGCCCAUCGUGGAGGCCAUGGCGGCGUUGGUCGUGAUGGACGCCGUGCUGGUCCAAAACGGCAGGGCUGCGACGGCGGAGAGGUUGAGCAGGGAGCCCGUGGAGGCGCUGCCUAACAGUAUGAAGUUGCCUCAGAGUAAGAGGAGGAAGACGGGCGAGUAA